AUGGAAAGGAGCCCCAUACCAUCACCAGCUGUUGUUGGAAGAGCGAAACAAGUCACUGGGUAUCUCAAGAACCUGCACCAUUUAAUCUUUCUACACUUCAUGUGUGACACACUUGAUCAUCUUGCUCUUUUGAGCAAAGACAACAACACAGUGUGUCAAGUGGUUGAAAGCCUGGAGACAUUUUACUGGAACCUGACUGCACUCAAGACAGAAAUGGGUCCACAGAUGGCCAAAGUCUACAAGGCAGUGAAGACCAAUGGGGAAUACAGAGGAGUGCAGUUCCAGGCCUUUGAUCCCUCUUGCUGGCCCAAAUGGGAUAGGUCAGACGGCAGUGCUCAAUUCAGGGAGAGUGGUCAGGAGGAUCUGAGGGCACUGACUAGGCACUUCAGCGUCCUCCUUUGUAGGGAGGGCAUAAGCACAGAAGAUGUCAUGUCCAACUUUCAAGACUACAAGGGCUUUGCCCAGGGGAGAACAUCUGUUCCAAUGAGGGACACAUUCCUAAAUAUUAUGAAGUCAGAUGAGAGAUGUGAACGGUUCAGGAGUUUGGUGACACUCCUGAGAGUUUACUUGGUCCUGCCAGUCAGCACAGCUGUGUGUGAGAGAGGGUUCUCAACCAUGACACAGAUCAAGUCUGACUGGAGGACCAGCCUCAGCUCAGUCCAGCUUCAGAGGCUGAUUUUUUUGUCAGUGGAGGGCCCAAAGUUUGAAGACUUUGAUGCUGGAUUGGUGGUGGAGAGGUGGUGGACCUGCAGCCAAAGGCAGUGCCGCCCAGGAUUUAACCCCUGGGAAUCAAGGCAUCGAUCCGAAGAUACAGAGUGGGGCCGGCCAUGCCUUCGCCAUCGUAGAAAAAUAAAUAUUGCAAGGCUAGGUAACAGGUUUUACUGCCUCGUUAUCGGUGUAAACGUUAAAGCUACUUUCAUAUUUCAAUAAGUGUUCUGCUACGAUGUGGAUUAAGUUUUGCCCGUGUUACGACGUGACAUUUAUUUGGAGAGAGAUAUAUUAUCGCCUUGAUAAUGUUGCUGUUGCUGUGUUUCUUAUUGCAUAACUGAUAG